AUGAUGCGACAAGAAUCCGGCAGAAUUGACCCUAAACGACGGGCUGUUCUCAAUCACAAAAAACAGCAGUUUGCUGCACCUUCAUUCAAGCAACAGGACUACCCCCACCGUCUCAACUUUUACGAUGUGCCUCCAACGUCGGAAAUCACGCUCGAGGAGUUUGAGCAAUGGGCUAUUGAUAGAUUGAAAGUGCUGGCCGAAAUCGAAGCUUGUUCCUAUCGCAACAAAACUCCCCAAGAAACAGAAGCACAUAUCGCACCUGUCCUGAAGAAAUAUCUCAAUUUGUCGUCAAAUUCUUCAGCGUCCGGCGGAGUCGUCAGCCAGCAACUGAAAAAUGAGCGACAAAAGGACCACUACUCGCACUUUAUCCUACGACUCGCUUUUUCUGCAACCGAAGAACUGCGUCACCGAUUCGUUCGCGCGGAGACAAUGCUAUUCAAGUUUCGCUUCCAGAAAGAUGACAGCAAGGAACGACGCUCAUUUAUUGAAAGCCUCAAUUUGAAUUGGGAAUCUGUGAGCGAAGAAGAGAGAUCCGAAUUCGCCGAACAACUGGUUACAUCUACACCCGGCUUACGGCGUGCUGAAGAUGAAUCUUGGUUCAAAGUUGAUUGGGAGAAAGUACCUGAAUUGAUUGAACGCCGAUCCGUUUUUAUCCGAAAGGGGAAGGCCUACGUUCCUCAGAGAGAGCAAUUGAGUAUGAUUAUUGCAGACUUUACUGCACGGUUAGAGAAGGCUAUGGAGUUGACAAGCCGCGCGUUACCCCGUCUGGACGAGGACGACCGUCUUACUCCUAUCCUGAAUCAUCUCUCCAAAAACUUUGGAAGCGCCGAAUCCGUUUACUCCGAGGGCGAAGGCGUUGUUGAUGGUGCUCCAAUCACCGCAGCCUCUAUUGAUCCCCUAUCGCAACAUUUCCCCCUUUGUAUGCGAAGCCUGCACAUGACACUACGGAAGAACAAUCACUUGAAACACUUCGGUCGUCUGCAAUAUACGCUCUUCCUCAAGGGUAUCGGUCUCAGUCUCGAUGAGGCUAUACUCUUCUGGCGCCAGUCAUUCAAAGGAUUCUCCGAUGACGAGUUCAACUCGAAAUAUAAAUACAACGUUCGUCACAGCUACGGAGACGUCGGAGGUGACGCCAAUCGUCGUGGUCGCGGCUAUCCACCAUACUCGUGCCAGAGAAUCCUGUCGGAAAGCGCUCCCAGCACCGGGCAAACUCAUGGAUGCCCUUACCGACAUUUCUCUGUUGACAACCUUACCGCCUUGCUUCAAUCGACCGGUGUCCACGACAAAGAUCUUUUACGCGGUGUGCGAGAAGAUGUGGAAAAACAGAAAUUUCACAUCGCUUGUAACCGAGUGUUCGAGUGGACGCACAAGGCAGACAUCAAGAGGGUGAAAGAGGAUGGCUCGUGGAGUCAGACUGAUUUGGAUACAAUCGUUCAUCCCAACACGUAUUUCAAGCGCAGCUAUCUUCUCAAGACCUCGGGGAAGCCAUCUAAGGAGAGUGCUUGA